ACCGCUCACCAGGCCUCCACACAGAUCCUCACUCAGUCACAGACAGAAAGGGCAAAGAAAAGAAAGAGGGAAGACGGAAAACGUGGCUUGUACGGGGUGCAUUGAAGCACAAGCCAUCAAGACUAAAAAAUGACAGACCAGCAGGGAACCCCAGACCAGCUGCCUGCAGAAAAGGGUCAAGGAGGGGCUGGAGCAACAUAUAAGCUGGUGGUUUUUGAGUAUGAGAACUUUCGUGGAAAAAAGGUGGAGCUGUCUGGUGAAUGUAAAGAUGUGCUGGAGAAGACACAAAGGGUUGGUUCAGUCAUUGUGGAGUCGGGACCAUGGGUAGGGUUUGAGCGUCCAAGUUUUGCUGGAGAGCUGUUUGUGCUGGAGAAGGGAGAGUAUCCUCGUUGGAGCACCUGGACCAACUGCCAGAGUAGCUACAGCCUGAGCUCCUUUAGGCCUCUGAAAGUGGACAGUGCAGAUCACAAGUUACAUCUGUUUGAGAAUGCUGGCUUUGAAGGCAGAAAAAUGGAGAUUGUUGAUGAUGAUGUCCCCAGUCUGUGGGCUCAUGGUUUCCAAGACCGUGUGGCCAGUGCUAAGGCUGUCAAUGGAACGUGGGUAGGAUACAUGUAUCCAGGUUACAGAGGGCGCCAGUAUGUGUUUGAGCAAGGAGACUUCAAGCACUGGAAUGAUUGGGGAGCCACUGCACCUCAGAUCCAGUCCGUCCGACGUGUGCGGGACAUGCAGUGGCAUAAGAGAGGGUGCUAUAUUGCCCCUGCCCCCGCCCCUGCCCCAGCUCCUGGUCCAGCCCCAGCUCCAGCCCCUGGCCCUACACCACCCAAUCCCAAUCCUAACCCUACUCCCAACCCCAAAUCCCAAACUCAGCCCGAAGCUUAAACUCCCACCUCUGACACCUUCCACAGAAACUGGUGAAUGCUGAAGGCAGCUGGCCAGUCCUUAGUCUCUCAUUAUUAAAGCUCUUUAUUGGUUUAGGCUUUUGGAAAACUGGAACUGAAAAAAUUAACCAUGCAUCUCUGUUGGAAAUAAAAGUUUUGGCCCUGA